UCAUUAUCUUGGUAGGUAUUUCAGUUUCAAACUUGAUUAUUUUUCACGGCUUGUACAGUAUCGGAAUUUUUCAUUUAAACAAAAACAAAAUUAGCUAGAACAGACUGUCACUAGCCGCCCAAUACUUAACAUUAUUUUAAAAUGUCUUCGUCUCCAGAAAUUAAGACUACAGACAAUGAGGAUCCUGAGGCUCCUUUAAAUUUUUUUAGUCAAUUACUUAGACCUGUGAAUGUGUUAUUGACUGUUAUCAUCGUUGUAUUAGUGUACAAAAUUUUAAAAAGUAAAUUUAGUAAGGCUUCCGUAAAUCCUCCCAGACCGGAGUUGCCUAAAAUUAGGAAAGAUAUGACAGUGGCUGAAUUGCGACAGUAUGAUGGUAAUCAACCUGAUGGUCGUGUCUUAGUAGCGGUAAAUGGUUGGAUUUUUGAUGUAACAAGAGGGCGUCGCUUUUACGGUCCUGGUGGUCCAUAUGCAGCUUUUGGUGGGAAAGAUGCUACUCGAGGUCUAGCAACAUUUUCAGUAACAUCAUCAGACAAAGAGUAUGAUGACUUAAGUGAUCUUAAUUCAAUGGAAAUGGACUCAAUCAAAGAAUGGGAAGCCCAGUUUCGGGAAAACUAUGACCUGGUCGGUAAACUUCUGAAGCCUGGAGAAGAGCCAACAAACUACUCUGAUGAAGAUACUGAAGAGACUGAGCCGGUCAACAAUCCUGAGGAUAAAAAAGCACAAUAAAACUGGGUUUGAUUUUACAUGAUAAUCCUAUUUAGAUUGAAAGAGUUUAUGGUUAGAAGAAGGGUUUAAUUUAAAUCUUGUAUGGAUCUUAUACCAGUUAUUUAUUACCCAUUAUUCAGUUGUAUAUUUUAUUUUUAGAUAUUACUCUCUGGUCUUGCAAUUACUGAAACUUUUGGAGACUUCAUAAAAUUGUAUCCGUAUUUAUUUCUCUAACUCACAUUGAACAGAAGAUAAAUAUGAAAUAUCAUUUUUUUAAAUUGUAUUGUCUUUAAAGGUGUAAAUGUUAUUACCAUGAAUGGGAGGCUAUUAACUAGUUCUCUAUCAAUUGCAAUACCUCAAAAAUAAUAAUAUAACAAAAACAUGGCAUUUUUAAAUUGAGCAUAUGCUGUGAUCAUAUUUAAAGUCUGCUCUAGCUAAUAAAUACUCUUUCCUUUUUAUGAAUUAAACAGAGAUAGAUUUUGUAAGAUUACUUAGUAUAGUAAUAUCAGAAAGUACUUAAAACCUGGGUUAUGCUGAUUGAAGCCUUAACAACAUAUUUUUAUAGAGGUGUUAAGUUCUUGAAAUUAUUAUAUCACAAAUAUUGAGGUUUAAAUGGUUGUUGUUAUAGUUCAACCAAGUCCUUGAAUUCCAGAAUUAAUAAAAAUCAACAAAAAUUCAGCAGAUACAUUUGUAUUUUUUUAAGCAAACAAAAUUAGUUCAUUCUGUUUAAUUAGUUUCAGAUUACUUCUAAAGAGACACCUAGAGGAUAUAGUGUAUCCUUGAUGGAUUUACCUGAAGCAUUUUAAAGACUCAAUGAAUUUUAUUUUAUGGAAUAUUGUGAUUGGCCAUGAUUGAUUUGUGACUUUUUGUUACGAAUAUUCAUGUGAACACCAUUUUUGCAGUCAAAUUUAUUUAAAAUUACACCUGUAUAAUUAUACUAUAUAUAUCUCUGUUUAAAAAACAUCUAUAUUUGUUGCUUUGUAAAUGUUUUCAAGUUAUAAAUGUAUUUAUAAUAUAUUUACAGUUUUGUGAAAUGAAAGACUGAUGGCAGUAUGUUUAUGUAAAGGACCACAUUCCCCUUUGCAAUACCUUUAAUAUGGUUCAAGAAUGGUUUCUCCUUGCUACUAAAAUUGCAUUAAUGUACAAAUUAUAUCUUUGUUUGUAAUGAAAACCGUUGCUUGGCCCAUUAUAUUAUUUGUCCAUUAGAUUUAGCAUUUUUUGUGGGCGUAACCUAAUAUCAAACAACUUUUAACCAUCAGUACUUAAAUAUUUUAAGUUUGCAAAUUAUGUGAGUUAUUUUAAAAGUUGCUGUCGUUUGUUGUCAGUGUUUAUCAUUGUCGUUAGGGUUUAAUUUUAUAACAUUUUUAUUGUUAAUGCGUCUCACAAUUCUGCUUAGAUUUAACUAUCAAUUAGUGAAAUUAAAAUUGAAUUCGCCUAUGUUUUUAAAUUUAGGUAUUUUGUAAUGGAGUUUUAAGCAUAUUAUGGACUGAGUUAGGAUUGAUAAAAUGUAUGAUUCCUGCAAAUUGCUAUGUUAUUGUCACGUUAUAGAUGUUUUAUAAUAUUUAGUAUACAGUUAUCUUUAAGAUAUUUUAAAGUUUAAUAUUCAAUUUUAGAUACAAAAGUUGGACUUUUCAUGGCCAAACUGAUAUUCGUUUAUAAGUGAUAUGAUCCUUAUUUAGACAAUGAGCUAACAGUAAAUAGAUGCGCAUUUACAGUAGUCCACCAAGGCACUUAAGCGCGAGCAGAUACUCCCCAGUAAUCAAGUUAGCUAGAUUAAUUAAAUGUGCAGUAAAUUUUCUUAUUAAAUUUAUAUGUGUGAAGUUUUCCACCACGCCUGGUUACUUUACACUCCCAUGAUUAUAUUAUGAAGCGAACAACGACAAGCACAUGAGCAAUUUGUGGAGUCUAGUGAUUAUUUUAAGGCUUUGAUGUUGAUAUUUCAAGAAAAAUGUUGAAUUGUUUUCAAAGUCAUUAAGUAAGCAAAUGGAACUUAAAGCAACAGAAAGUUGAAUGCCUUAAUGAUUGUUGUGACUUGAAACAUUUGGUGUGUAUGUUAUGCUUUGAUGUUAACAAAUGAAAUUUAUGUAAUAUUUAUUUGAAAUUUUCACAAUAUAGCCUCUUUUAUA